ACCACAACGAUCCCUUAUCAAAUUGUUUAAUAAAAAUAUAAAAGAUAAGCGCGUUGAAUGAUCCAGUUUCAAUUUUAUUUAGUACGUAGUUGUUUACCCUGAGAGUAAGAAAAAUGUCACUAAAUCUGGUGGUAUUUGUGGGCUUUUGCUUGGCAGUAAUACAGGCCCUCUCGAUUCCUUACCGAGACAUUUCGGCAGAGUCCCUACGAAAAAUAGGGGAGAGUUGCCUGGACGAGGUCCACCUGGACCCCACCGUCGUCUCCCAAGUGCUGAAAACGGGCAUUUUAUCCCAAGAGGAGAAGUACAAGAAGUUCCUGGUGUGCAGCUACAAGAAACAGGGUUACUUGUCGCACGACGGUAAAAGAUUCAACUACGAAACCCUGGACGGUAUGUUGAAGUUUCUCCACUAUACCUCGGAGGAGUUGAAGCAGCUGGACCACUGCGAGUCGAUCAGGGCGAGUGAACCGAGCGAGUUGGUUUACGAGAACUUGAAGUGCAUCUUGGAGGGACUGAAGAAGAUCGACAGAAUGAGAGAGAUGAGGAAGAUUGAGGAGGAGUUGGAGAAUAAUAUGAUCGAUACGGGGGAUGAGGUGGUAGUAGAUUAGUAUUGAGGUUUCUAUAAUUGUAAUUUUAAUUUUUUUUGUGAUUUUAUUAAAGCAGCGUUUGCAUGAAAUGUAUCACCAAACUGUAGAAAAUUAAAUUCUAAUUCGAUGUGUUUAAUACCAUUUUACUCUAAUGUUAAAAAUAACAGAGAUAUUAAACUAAUUUCACUUUGA